AUGGAUGACCAAACCUCAUGGAUAAGCCAAUGUGUCAACACCAUCACAAACGGGCCUGCAGAGCCCGGCCCAUUCUCAGAUCUCAUUGACAAUACCAAUAAAGAACUCUCCUCAAUCUCAAUGAACUUAAUCCUUCCGGACGACCUCUUGGAACGCAUAUUAUCCCACCUACCCGUCGCCAGCCUUAUUCGGGCCCGAUCCGUUUGCAAAAAGUGGAACGGGCUCGUGACCUCAAAAACUUUCCUCUGUAACAACAACAAUCCCCAGGCCCAGGCCCAGGCCCAAAAACCCUGGUACUUCAUGUUCACAAGCUCAGAUGAGCCCACGGGCUUUGCAUUCGACCCAUCCCUCAAAAAAUGGCACGCGCUCGACCUCCCGCGAAUCGAGUCCCCCAACUGGUUCGUUUCCUCCUCGUCCGGCCUCGUCUGCUUCAUGGACAACGAAACUCGGGCUGGGCUUUACGUAUGCAAUCCGAUAACGGGCCUCUGCCAGGCCCUCCAAUUUGGGCCCGGCCCGAAAUCCCCUGAUUACAGCACGCUGGCCAUCUUGGCCGAUCGGGCAGGCCAGGGCUACGAGGUCUCGGUCGUGAUGUCGAAGCAAGUCCCGAGCGAUUUCUACAGAUGGGACCUCUCCAUCCAUUUGUACGAAUCGGGCUCGGGCUCGUGGGCCACAGCCCAUAAGGAGACAUUGACAGGCUGGCGGGCCGGGGACGAGAGCGUGAUAUGCGGUGGGUCGCUUUGUUUCUUGAUCUACUCGACCGGAGGUUUCGGGCCCGGGCCCGAAUCGCGUCACGGGCUCGUUUUGUAUGAUUUAGAGAAGCGGGCCCGGGAAGUGGGACCGGUUCUGAUGCGGAGCUUUGUGCCCGUGCCUUGCGCGCUCACGUGCGGGAGGCUUAUGAAUUUAGACGAGAGGCUUGUGAUGGUUGGGGGAAUCGGGAGGCACGACAGGCCCGAUAUUAUAAAGGGUAUUGGGAUUUGGGCCUUGAAAGGGAGGGAGUGGGAAGAGGUGGCCCGAAUGCCGCAUAGAUAUUUUCAGGGGUUUGGUGAGCUGGACGAUGUUUUCGCGAGUAGUGGGACGGGUGGGAUCGUCUACAUACAGAGUUACGGUGCGCCUGCGCUCUUGAUUUUCGAUUUUAAGCUGAGGCAGUGGAAGUGGGCCCAGAAGUGCCCGGUGGCGAAGAGGUUCCCGUUGCAGCUUUUCACGGGUUUUUGCUUCGAGCCGAGGUUGGAAAUCUCACCUUAG